AUCUUGAUGAUGGUAAAAGCCUCAGCAACUGGGAUUUUUUCAGUCAUAUCCCAGGUAAACAGGCAAUGCUGAUUGCAGCAGAGCAUAUUAAUAUUUUAUUUCCUAGUCAAACUUAUUGUAUCAAUUAACUUUUUCAGGAAACAUUAAAAAUAAUGAUAAUGGAGAUGUUGCAGAUGAUGAUUACCAUCUGUUCUUGGUAUUUUGCUUCUUUUAAGUUCAUUUUUUUUCUUGCUCUCAACCUAUAGAAAUAAGAAGAUAAAAGUAUGAAUGUUGCUUUGUUUGUGUAUGAUAUACCAGGAAGAUAUUGUGAUUGCUCAUUCUCUUGGUGUAAAAGCAUAUCGGUUUUCGAUUUCAUGGGCCAGAAUUCUACCAAGAGGUAGGUUUGGUGAAGUCAAUCCAAGUGGGAUCAAGUUCUAUAACAAAAUUAUAGACAGCCUCUUGCUCAAGGGAAUUGAACCAUUUGUGACAAUACACCACUUUGAUCACCCACAAGAACUGGAAGAUAGAUAUGGGUCUUGGCUCAGUCCUCUGAUGCAGGAGGAUUUUGUUCUUUUGGCUGAAACUUGUUUUAAGAGCUUUGGUGAUAGAGUCAAGUACUGGACAACUAUCAACGAGGUAAAUCAGUUUGCAGAAAUGGCCUAUGUUAGGGGAGUUUUUCCACCAGCUCAUUGUUCCGCCCCUUUCGGAAAUUGUUCUGUUGGCAAUUCUGAUGUAGAGCCUUUUAUCGUUGUGCACAACAUGUUAUUGUCACAUGCCAAGGCCGUUAACCUAUACCGAGAACAAUUUCAGCAAAAACAAGGUGGCUCUAUAGGGUUAAUUGCACAUUCACAUAUGUAUGAACCACUAAGAGAUGGAGAAUCUGAUCGUCUAGCUGUAAAUAGGGCUCUGGCUUUUACACUUGGCUGGGCAAUAGAUCCUUUAGUGUUUGGAGAUUACCCUCCAGAAAUGCGUCAAUACCACGUGAGUGGAGAUCAUUUCAUCAGAGGGUUUGCAUACACAACUGGAGAAAGAGAUGGCAUUCUAAUUGGAGAACCAACUGGUGUUGAAAGAUUUUAUGUUGUUCCAAGGGGCAUUGAGAAGAUUGUUGAUUAUGUUUCAAAAAGAUACAAUAACAUGCCCAUAUAUGUAACAGAAAAUGGAUAUUCUCCACCACGUACUGAACAAGUGCCUGAUUUGCUGCAUGAUGUCAACCGAAUCAAGUUCCACGAGGGCUACCUUGCUGCUUUGGCCAGAGCAAUUAGGAAUGGUGCUGAUGUACGCGGAUACUUUGUAUGGAGCUUGAUGGAUAACUUUGAAUGGACAGGAGGUUACAGCACAACAUUUGGACUUUACUACAUUGAUCGUCAAACUCUGAAGAGGACUCCAAAGCUUUCUGCUAAAUGGUAUGAAGAUUUUAUUGCAAACAGAAGCAAAGGAAGCAACAGAGAAGGGUUCAAGAAUGGAAAAGAGGGUUCUAAACGUUUUCCCAAAAGCAAAACUGUCAUAACUUCCAGAGCUGAAGCUAAAGCCACAGAAAAGUGAUGAUGGUAUCUACAUUUCAUCAUCCCUAUGUGUUGUAACGGUUUUGUGUCCGUAUG